AUGGAUGAGUUAAAUCAUAUCCUCAUCGAUUAUCCAGCACCAUUUUUCUUUACAGAAGGCGAAGUCACCUUUCUUGUUAUCAUUUUUGUCACUGUGAUUGUUUUAGCUGUCCUCGGAAAUACAGUUGUCUGCAUCUUAUUACGUUUUCGUUAUUGCAGUACCUUCAAAUGUCUACGAACACUGUUAGGACGUAGUAAGUACUCCACGUUCAUCAGAUCCUUCAACAGUAAUCAUAAUAAUAACAAUAAUAAUCUGAAUAUUGUUCAUAAUGAUAAUCCUAAUAAUAUUGAUCCAUGGGUAGAUGAAUGUCCAAGCAGUCAGCAUGAAUGUAGCUGUGGUAAAACCUGCAUAGUACAGAAUACACCUCGAUAUGUGGUCUUCAAGUCAACACAGAAAUCCCCCCAGCAGCAGCUGCAGCAGCAACAGCAACAACACCAACAACAGCAUCAUCCGCCUGGCACUCGAAAUUAUGCUGGUUCUCUUACAGUGACAACUCAUUUCCCUGCAUUCCCUACAUCGGAUAAACGUGGAAGUCUGUUAACCAACUAUGGUAAAUUACAAGCGAAUUAUACCACGUCCUCUUCUUCUUCCAAAGGUGGAAUGCGUAGCACCAGUAUAACAAGUCUGUUCUUAUUCAACCUGAGCCUCGCAGAUAUCCUAAUGGCAGUGUUGUGUAUCCCAGUGUAUGUUUUCACAGAGAUUAUCUACUUGUCUUGGCCACUUGGUGAACCCUUAUGUAAAAUUGUCCCUUAUGCACAAGGUGUCAGCGUAUUUGUCAGUGCAUUGACACAUGUAUUAAUCUCAUGGGAUCGAUUUAUUCUUGUCUUCUUCCCACUACGCCCUAGAAUGACACAUCGUAAAGCUGUCUGCCUACUAGUCGGUGUCUGGAUUUUAGCGUUAAUCAUCCCAUUACCUGUACCAAUUGUUAAUCAUAUAAUGGAGAGAGAGAAUAAGACAUUUUGUCAAGAAGACUGGAGUCUUCUACUGGCUACAAUACAACAGACCACGGGGAAUAAUUUUACAGAUUAUGAACCAAAUAAAAAUGAAAUAUCUAUCAAGUUAUUUGAACAAAUAGUCACUAUAAAAGUGGAUGUCGUCUACACAAUACUCCUUAUGAUUCUACAGUAUUUUUUACCACUAGGCGUUAUAUGCGGAACAUACACAGCUAUAGCACUUCGUGUGAAUCGUUUAAAAACUCCAGGGGAACGUGAUAGUGCUAGAGAUCAAAAGUUGACUAGAGCUAAACGGAAGAUGGUAAAAAUGCUCACCUUAGUCGCCUUGAUGUAUGGCUUAUCCCAAUUACCAAGACAUGCUAUCUACCUUCAUGGAUUAAUCAAUAUUGACUUUUGGACUAAAUCGUAUGCCUUAAAAGUUUGGGCUGCUGCCAAUUUUGCACGGGAUUCAUCCACAUGUUAUAAUCCUUUUAUAUAUGCCUGGAUAAAUAAGACUUUUCGUCAAGAUAUUUAUCGACUCUUCUAUUCAUGUAUUAUAGUAUGUAUACCGAAACGUUUGAUGAAAAAAUCAACAACACAAUCAGAUGGUGUAGUGGGUGUUACAGCAUCAAUGCGGAAAGGGAGGAAGAAUAGUAAUAAUAACAAUAAUCAUAAUAAUAAGAACAAUAAUCAUCGCUUACCAAUUAUUCGUACAAUUCCACCCUCGUCGAUUACUGAAAGUCAUCUGAAUUCGUUGACAACGCGUAAAUCCUUCAAAUGACCAUCAUAAUGAUCUAUCAUGUUCAGCAGUACCUAUGUGUAUAUGAUUUCCGAUUUAUUAUAGAUAAACAGAUAGACAAUUACAUUGAAAAGGAGUUAUUUGUAGACUAUAAUAUAAUAUGACCAAGUAAUCUGUAUAUACAUAUAUAUAAAUAUAUAUAUACAAAUGUAAAUUGACGCAAACAUUUAUAUUUAGUUAUAUGUGACCAUUUUGAUGCUUUUACAACAACUCGAAAACCUCGGAGCAAUUUGGAAGCUGUAUUAAAUUAUGUACAGAAUAUAUAUGCA